CGGUUUUGAAGAUUAUCAAAGCACCGAAGCUCCUUGGUUUCUACACGGGCAACCAACGCGACUCCACCUAUGAGGUCAUAAAGCCAAAUGAUGAAAGUGUGAACGCCUCUCAUUUGGACAAGAUGAAAGAGACUAAGAAUGACCAACAACAUGAUCAAGUUGCUGGGCGUUCAUCCAAAUCAAAAGUAGCACAAGUGGGAGCAAGUUGUACUGCACUAUUUCCUUCAAAUUGCAUUUCAUGGUUAACAAAUCUAGAGGAACUUGUAUUGGAGCGUUUGAACAAUGAACCAGUAGCCAAUGCGCUAUUUGAUUUAGAAGGGCAUGUCUCAGCAUUUUCUCAAUUACAAACAUUGAAUGCGGAUGGUUUAAAUGAGGUUGAGCAUUUGUGGAAGAACGUUCAGCCUGGAUUCCAAGGUUUUCAAAAUGUAAGAACUUUAACAAUUGAAGCUUGUAAGAGUAUGAAAUAUCUAUGCCCCUAUGAAAUUUACAGGCUCCUUGUGAAUCUCCAACAAGUCAUCAUAUACCAUUGUGAGAAUAUGGAAACUAUAGUACAGGCAGCUGCUUCCAUAGAGGACAAUAUCCAUGAAGAAGGGAAAUAGACAGGUGGUAGUGGCGCGAUGACUUUGUUUCCCAAACUACUGAUCAAUAGCUUCACACUAUUCAACUUGCCAAACCUCGAGAGAUUUUGCCCUGAUGCCUAUUCCUUUGCAUGGCCCUCCUCCACGAGAACUAUGGAGGUGAUAGGUUGUCACAAAUUAAAGACAUUGGGUUUUGCACCACUAAGCAAAAAGCUGCCUGCAAUUGCAGAGAAUUUGAGUGAUGAUCAUGUAAGAGGUAGAGAAGAAUCAGGUGGUGCAUCAUCAUCAACUGGAUCUGGAUGUUCGCCGCUAGUAUGCUUUCAAAGUCGUCCAUCUACUCGCAACUUUACUCAAAUAUUGCCUCAGGUUGUAAAUAGAGAGGUUACGCCGGCAAAUCUUCAGACCUCAACUGCUAGCGACAAUCUAGAAGAUCUCGAAGUAAAUGGGUGCGAUUUAUUGGAAGUGAUAUUUUUGGUUCAGGAAACCCCUUCUACUCAAGCAUUUGAUAAGCUCAAGGAAUUGAGGUUAUGGGAUUUACGAAUGCUGAGCCACAUAUGGGAAAAUGGUUUACAAGUUAGCUCAGGCUUUGGAAACCUCAGAUUCCUGCACGUAUGGGGGUGUGACAAAUUGAGAUACUUGUUUUCACCGCACAUAACCAAACUUCUUACCUGCCUUGAGACAAUAGAAGUAGCCUAUUGUAGUGCGAUGGAGAAAAUUGUUGGAGAGGCAGAAGGAGAAGGAGAAAGUAUUGAGGAUGAAUUGACAUUUCCUCAAUUGAAUUAUAUCGCACUUCGGGGUUUACCUGAACUUGAAUCUUUCUGCUCUCAAGCUUAUACUUUGAAGUUUCCAGCCUUGGAGAAAGUCCAAGUUUUUCGGUGUCCAAAAUUAAAAGCAUUUGCUCCUGAGUCUCUAUAUGCAUAAGCAACCGACAUGUGUCUACUAAGCGUCCACGUGGAGAGAAAAGAAGAAUAUCAUCAGAAGCCAAGAAGCUAGGGACAAGACUACAUGAUAUGUUGUGGUGCACAUCUACAAGAUACCAGUCGCUUUCAUCACUGAUUAUACAUGUUAAUGUUCCUCAUAUCUUGCCAUUGCAUCUCUUUGAUAAGAUAAUUUAGUUAUUAUCUUUAGUUGUAUUAUAAAACUGGAUUUAUUUGGACCUUCCUUUUCGUAUGUAAUAUUACCAUAUGAAAUCUGGUUGGGACUCUAGCUAUGCGGGCGCCAAGUCGGAUCUCUAUACUUGCAACAGAGCUGUAUGCUCUUAAGGUCGGACUCUCUUUUGCGUUGGAUGCGUCUCUAGUGCCUCUGGAGAUUGAGUCUGAUUCCUUGCAGGCAGUUUCUAUGGUCAACAACGAGGAGGAAUGCCUUGCUGCUGAGGGAGGGCUGGUAGAUGGGGUGCGGCGCCUCCUGGUCAAUUCUGCGUCUUCUGCUGUUCGUCAUAUUCCUCGCCACGUGAACAAGGCUGCCCAUCGAAUUGCCUGCUUCAGUCUUCGCGAUCAAAGUUUGUCGUACUGGUUGGAUGUGGGUCCUUUGUGGC